CGCACGUUAUCAGCCCGGCCCCACUUGAUUUUUCCUCUUUUUUUGCUUAAAAUAUUUUGUUGAAUUUCACCAAGGGGUUUUGUCUCUCUCUCCACCUGAAAGGGCCCGAAUUCGCUGUCAGCUGCUCUCCAACAUCACGUCGAAAAAAACCAACCUUUAAACAAAUCACAAAUAUGGCCACCAUAUCGCUAGUAGCCGGGCUCGUAUCCGGCGUCGUUCGGCGGGCCGUUCCUACAGCUGCCAUUGCAAUGGGCGCCUCCUACCUGGCGUCAAAGUCUCUAGCGGCAUUCACCAGCCCCGAUGCCAAACCCGAUUCGUCGCGAGGCAUGCGGCCGCUCUACGAGACACACAAGCCAACGACCGGACUGCAAAAGGCCUUUGUCGCUGCCGGAGCUGCGCUGAUGGGAUUCGGAGACCCCACUGACGGCACGUACAUUGCGGCCCUGGGUGAUGCCACAUCGAACGGCUUUUUCGGCAGGAUGCGUGAGCAGAUGAUUAGUGAUCCGGUGGGGCGGCGGAUCCUUAAGGAGCGGCCCCAGAUCUCUUUUACGUCCGAGCAGUGGGAGGCGCUGGCUGAGCUUCCCGAGGGGUCAUUUGGGCGCACAUACUAUGACCAGAUGCGCAGAAACGGUAUCUCGUGGGCCACUCGGCCGCCAGUGCGCUUUGUAGACAACGAGGAGGACGCGUAUAUGCUUUUGCGGUACCGCCAGUGCCAUGAUUUUUACCAUGUCAUUUUGGACAUGGAUAUUUCGGUCGUCGAGGAGCUUGCAAUUAAGGUGUUUGAAUGGCAGCAGACUGGGCUGCCUGUCGGUCUUAUUGCGAGCGCAUUUGGUCCGCUGCGUUUGCCCCAGAAGGAGCGCCAGCGCUUUUUCGCGCAUUACCUGCCCUGGGCCAUGCAGUGCGGCGCCCAGGCCAAGCCUAUUAUUAGCGUGUAUUGGGAGGAGAUGUGGCAUCGCAGCGUCGAUGAUGUGCGCAAGGAGAUGGGCGUCUGGCUGCUUUCGGAGCGCAACAGCGUCACACACGCCGAGAACUCGACGGCUAUAUUGCCAUAAUCAUACUAUGUUCUCACUUUUAGAAUUUAUAUGUCUGUGUACAUGUUUUUCUUUCAUUUUCUUGCGAGCGUUUAGAAUGCACCCUU